AUGGGAAUAUCAAGUUCUAAAACGCGGACGAGGGGCCCCUCAUCGAGCGCCAUCUCGGCUAAUAACUCGCGAGGAGCCUCCGUCGCCGCGGUUGAACUGUCCAGUGCAGUCCAUGAGACUCUCAGUAGCUUAAGUGGCCAGUUUAAGCAGCUGCUUCAACGGCUGGACCAGGAGGCUUCCAAGUACACCAACUCGAGAGUAAGCGAUGAUGGCGCAUCAACAGAUUGGAACUGUUCUCAGGCCGAGGCUCAGCUCGUAUCCGCAGCAUGGAAGUGCGCUCGUGGGACCUACGAUCUCGAAAACACCAUCGAAGACACGGCUUACUGCACAUUUCGAAAAGAUCAUGUUUUAAAAAACUCACUUACAGGGACCGUAAAGGCCCUGAAGUCAACUGUAGUUGAGCCAGUGGCUCAGCCAGGUCUUGGCGACCAUCUAUUGCCCACCCUUGUCAUUGCGAUUCGGGGCAGCGCGAGCAAGAUGGACCACAUUGUAAACGCCAACUCUCGGCCUCAGGCCACGGAAAAUUUCAUUAAUGCUAAAAACACCAAUGGGGAGAGAUCCCAUGUACUCUUUACCGGCCACUCUGCAGGCGGAGCGGUUGCAGCUCUCUUCUACCUUCGAUACAUCUCAGACAAAGCAUUUGACGAAUCAGCAAGAUUCUCUUGUGUUACGUUUGGCGCACCCCCUUGUGUGAGCGCGCCUGUAAACCUAUCCCGGUAUGGUUGUACUGGAGCAACACUGUGUCUCAACAUCAUCAAUGAGUUUGACGUAGUCAGCCGUGCAGAUCAGCCUUAUAUUCUAUCACUGGUUGAACUGUCUAGGGCUGUGCUGCGAACAGUACCGCCGCUGCCUAUUUCGAGUACAAAUGAUAAUACUAUCGAGACCAGUAAUGGGACCACCUUUAAGGACGACAUUGGCUCUUUAUCGCCCAUCUCUACCCAGUCAACGGGAUUGGAAAAGAAACUCAUCAACACGGCCACUAAACUCUGGAAUCUUCCUGAGCCCUCUUAUCACCAUGUCGGUCCGAGAAUUUUGUUUGUGAUGCGGUUACACGAGGGCGAGAUGAGCCUGAGGGCAGUUCAAGUACCACCUGCAGAAUUCCAAACUCUUCUAUUCUGUCGCACAGCCGUCCACGGAAAGGCACGCUACGGAGAGAGAGUAGAGAUGCUAGAAAGUGGGCGGUUUAACGGUCGAGCUGGAUGGGAUGAUAAGCUAUAG